AUGCCACAGGCGCCACACCCGCCUUCCCCCACACCCGCCGUCCGUUCCCCGCUCCAUCAGCGAUCGGCGCAACAUGCCCGCUUGCACCCGCCCCGCGCGCCGAUCCUCCCGCCUCUUCCGCUCAAGCUCCCCGGCGUCCGCUUCCUCCGCUUUCGUCAUCUCCGCAAUCCCCCCCGCAUUUCCACAAUUCCGCCAUGUCUUCUUCCACCGCGAGCGGGGCGGAAGAUCCGCGGAGAGCGCAGCUUUUGGGCAACACGCGGGGAACAGGGGGAGGUGGGGGAAACGGAAAAGGCGGAGGAUCAGGGGGAGCGCGCUGGGGGAACCACCACGGAGGGGCAUGGGCAGGUGCAGGGGGAGCAAUUUUUGCCGGAAUGGCGGCAAUGGGGGGCCGCUGUGGUGUACCGACCAAGAGUCCAUGCAGGUGAUUUGAAAAGUGUAUGUUUGAUGCUGCCUCUUCCUGCCACCUCCGCCUCUUCCUCCCCCCUCCUCUGCCUCUCCUGCCCCCUCCUCUGCCUCUUCCUCCCCCCUCCUCCGCCUCUUCCUCCCCCCUCCUCUGCCUCUCCCUGCCCCCUCCGCCUCUCCCUGCAGCCAGAUUUGGAGCGGAUCGUUCGAGCAGCCCAUGCAGAGGGCCGCCGCAUCCGCCCUGUGGGCAGCGCCAUCUCCCCCAACGGCAUUGCGCUGAGCGCCCAUGGCAUGGUCAAUCUGGCGCUCAUGGGGCGAGUGGUGUGUUUGGAUAAGAGCACCGGGAACCGGAGAGCAUUCAGACCAGCUGCUAAGUCCGCCCCCCCUUCUUCCUCCUUGCCCUCUCCCUGUUCUCUCUCGCAGGAUUUGGAGCGGAUCGUUCAAUCAGCGCCAUCCCCCCCCAACGGCAUCGCUCUGAGCGCGCACAGCAUGGUCAACCUGGCGCUCAUGGGCCGAGUGGACCUGGAGCGGAUCGUUCAGGCAGCCCACAGGGAGGGUCGCCCCAUCCGCCCUGUAGGAAGCGCCAUUUCCCCCAACGGCAUCGCUCUGAGAGCGCACGGCAUGGUCAAUCUAGCCUUGAUGGACCGAGUGGUGCAUGUGGAUAAGAGCACCGGGAGGGUGCGCGUGCAGGCAGGGGCGCGCGUGGAGCAGGUGGUGGAAGCUUUAAGGCCGUAUGGACUUACUCUGCAGAACUAUGCUUCGGUGCGGGAGCAGCAGAUAGGGGGGUUCAUACAGGUGGGAGCACAUGGCACAGGGGCCGCCAUUCCCCCAGUGGACGAGCAAGUGCUGGCCAUUAAGCUUGUGACACCUGGCAAGGGCACGCUGCACCUGACGCCCGAAGCUGACCCGGACCUGUUUUACCUGGCUCGGUGCGGGCUCGGAGCGCUGGGAGUGGUCGGGGAGGUGGAGUUGCAGGCAAUACCAGCGCAUAGACUGAGGGAGGAGACGUUUGUUACUACGAAGGAGGAGAUCAAGAGGCAUCAUGGCCAGUGGUUACGGGACUCCCAGCAUGUGCGGUACAUGUGGAUUCCACACACGCAGGCAGUCGUGGUUGUGAGGAGCAACCCUGUCACUAACGCCACGAGUGGGAGAUCAGCAGUGCAGGGCAAGGGACCCGCCAGUGAGCCGGCGAUGGGUGAGGAUGAGAAGCUGGCUCACGUGCGAGCGCUGUACCUCGCAUCCGUUGCUGCAAGGAGAAGCAACAAACCUUCCAGGCCCCAGUCCCAUCCACCUUCCUCCUCCCCAUCCCCCGCCUCAUCCUCCUCUCCUUCCCACGGCCAAAAUUCUACCACCGAAGCAGCUGCUGGAAUGUGGUCUGGCACAGGUUCGGCCGAGCCUGCGCCGUCGACCCAGCGCUUCCUAACCGAAGCUGAGCUUCAGGAACUGUCUUUCACGAGGCUGAGGGACGAGCUGCUGGCGCUAGAUCCAUUGAAUCUGGACCAUGUGCGGGCGAUCAACCAGGCCGAGGCACUGUACUGGAAGCUGAGUGAAGGGGAGAGGGAAGGAUGGAGCGACCAGAUACUGGGCUUUGACUGUGGUGGGCAGCAGUGGGUGUCUGAAGUAUGCUUCAAGGCAGGCGGUGGCAGCGGCACCACCACCAGCAGCACCGCCGCCGCCAGCAGCAGCAGCAACGCGGCAGACAUAGCUUAUAUGGAAGAGCUGUUGACGCUGAUCGAAUCAGAGGGCAUCCCCGCCCCUGCUCCCAUCGAGCAGCGCUGGACCAGCGGCAGUCGAAGCCCGAUGAGCCCCACUGCCGGUGCUUGUAACGCUGCUAAUGCUGCAACAGCUGCAGCAGGUUCGGCAGCAAGUUCGGCAGCAGGUUCGGCGGCCGAUGGAAGAGCGCUGGAUGAUGUGUACUCAUGGGUGGGCAUAAUCAUGUACCUGCCUUCCAAUGACCCUGACCAACGGGCAGCCAUCACCAAACAUUUCCUCGACUACAAGUUUUUGACUGCCCGAAGGCUGUGGGACAAAUACGGAGCACAUGAGCAUUGGGCAAAGAUUGAGAUCCCCGCUGAUCCUGCCACUCGUGAGUGGCUGGUGUCACGCGUUGCUCGCGAUUUCCCCGUGGCCAAGUUGAAUGAGUAUCGCCGGAAGCUGGAUCCCAAGAACGUGCUAGCCAAUGACAUGCUUGAUGUGCUGUUCCCUCGUUAA